AUGGGAAGGUCCCCUUGCUGUGAUGAAAGUGGCCUCAAGAAAGGUCCUUGGACCCCCGAAGAAGAUGACAAACUCAUCAAACAUAUCCAAAAACAUGGCCAUGGCAGCUGGAGAGCCCUCCCCAAACUUGCUGGUCUUAACAGAUGUGGAAAGAGUUGCAGGCUCCGCUGGACAAAUUAUUUGAGACCGGAUAUCAAAAGAGGAAAAUUUUCUCAAGAAGAGGAGCAGACAAUUCUCAGUCUCCAUGCCAUCCUCGGAAACAAAUGGUCUGCAAUUGCAACACAUCUGCCUGGAAGGACAGAUAAUGAGAUAAAAAAUUUCUGGAACACUCAUCUGAAGAAGAAGUUGAUUCAGAUGGGAUUUGAUCCAAUGACUCACCGGCCGCGAACUGAAAUUUUUUCGAGCUUGCCUCAUCUCAUAGCCCUGGCCAACCUCAAAGAACUCAUUGAAAACCCUUCUUGGGAGGAUCAGGCCAUGAGAUUUCAGAAUGAAGCUGUCCAACUGGCCAGACUGAAUCAAUAUUUGCAGUGUCUUCUUCAACCUCAAGCUUCCGUGGAAGCUACUUUCCAAAAUAAUCUAAAUGCCAUUAGUCCAAACAUGGUGUUAAACACACCCUACCUGGAACUACCUACCCCACCCCCCUCUCUUGCCAACAAUACGAAUUUUCAGGCAAUUAUUGAUUCAAUCCCUUUCUCCCAUAUGCCUGAUUUACAGGCCACAUGCAGCCUUCAGACUUCUUUAAACAGGGACAUGGUUCAGGCCGGCUCUCAUUUUGGCGUUCUUAAUCAAGGAGAAAAUUCACACUCUUCCCCAUGGCUUCCAACUAUUUCUCCAUCUCCAUCCCCAGCCGCCACAGUCCCACCGAUGACUGAGACUUCCAAUACUAUUACUGGAGAUGCUUGUAGUACAUCGAGCUAUGGAGGAGCACAACUGUGGUCUGGACUUCUGGAUUACCCUCUAUUUCCUGAGAUUGCUUAG